CGAUUGUACUAGCAACGCUUAAUUCUGGAUUUCUAGCGUCAGCUUUUGUGACAAUUUAACGCAUACAGCAAAUAGCUGGUAGGUUCUAGAAGGCAUUCGCCACAGUACCGUCGCCUUCAAAUCAAGAUGCAACAUUCCAUUAGCAAAAGUGUGGAGCUCCGACGGCGCUGCCCAGGGCCUUGUUCCACUAGCUACACGAUUACGCGUUGUUCGGUACCACGUGUGGAACGGCCAUGGAGAACUGUCACGAAAGCAAACAUAUACGACAUGAUGGACCGUCAGCUUGCAGACAUGGAACGACAGUUUGAGACAAUGCAGAAGCAGAUCGACCGGGACAUUGAUGCCGCGAUGAGUAGGGCGAGGGAGGCCGAACGACAAGCGGAUGCGGAGUUUCAGCGCGCCAAGAGCGGUAAUAGCCAGCGGUCUUCUUUCUCCCAAGAUAUGCGACCCUCACCCAACGUGGAAAUACAGCGUCAAGAGGAAAGCGCACCAGGCAUGUACCGGUACUAUGAGCGCAUCCAAAUCAACAGCAGUGGCAGCUACAGGGGUUACAUCAGCCAGCCGGCAGCUGCUGCGACGUCGGUAGUCAAACCGGUGUCGCCUUCCCUCAACCCCGCGUUAGUGGGCGCUCUGGUUGUGCUGGGCGGCUACGUGACCCUCACUGCGGCAUUCAACCGCAAUUACGCUCUUACCAACUACGCGGAAAGCAAGCGCUGGCUGCUGAUGGCGUUGUGGCCUCUGUUGUUUCUGUUCUCCCCAAAGUUUAGGGAGCAGUUUGCAGCAGCGAUUCGCGGAGAGAGGGUGGGGCUGAAGCGCGAAGGGACAAGGGAGGGGGACAGCAACGCUGGCAGCAGCGAAUAGGCGUUAUAUGGCAUAUGGGGGCCCGAAAAGCGUUAAGAUAGCUAACUCGGCCAUCAGCAUUAGAUAGAUAGGUACGCGAAUAGAUAGAUACAUUCACGCAACGUGGCGGGUGGUAGUAAUUAAGGACGCUUUCAUACAAUGUACGUGGUGGAAAGGUGGUGGAAGUGUAGGCACUGGGAUAGGCACUGGCAACUACGGGGAUUGCCAACUACGGGGAUUGACUGGAUGAUCGUAUGUCGGACAGAGAAACGCCGUGAGAAUACGGUCCAGAGUGGGUACAGCGGUGUGGGAGAGGAUGUGUGUCCUGAGUCAGGGCCUCGGUAGGUUAUUCAGAGGGUUUCGGGCACGACCGAAAGUUUUGGGUACCCUGGUGAAGAACCCUGGUCCUGAAGUUGAAGUAGUAGUGGGAAAUAAUGGCAUGCAGGGUGUCGUGUCGGCCUGCAGGUAUGCCAAUUUUUCCUGCACAUGAAUGAAGUGAGGUGAGGGAGAAGAGUAAAAUCUGUUUGUGCCAGCU